AUGUCGGAGUUCGCGUCUGUACCUCCCGUUAAAGAGCUUCAUGCGGAACAAACUGUGAACGAGACGCACAUCAAAGAGGAGCCGACAGGAGACACUGCAUGGCAACAGGAUGGACAAGAGAACGUGCUAUGCCAGGAAACGUACAGUGAGGACCAGGAAACCUACAAAUACCACAAUGAAAGCAAACAAACUGGGUAUCCUUGGAGCAAGACUUACAACAGUUGGGAGCAGACAACAGACACGGGACGACAGCAGGACGAGAAAAGGGACGCUCCAAACGACGAAACGAGCGGUGUUAAAGCGGAAAUUGAAGAGUCCAGCUGUGGCUUUGUUAGUAUUGGAGAACACCCUGGGAAGGAGAGAGACCGUCCUGGGAAGGAGAUGGACUGUACAGAACACCCUGGGAAGGAGAUAGACAGCAGGGAGACCCAGACAACAGACAUGGGCCUGCAGCAGGAAACGUGUGAUGUGAACUUUCCCCAACCUAGCAACACAUCAACCUCACAGGUACAGGAGAGCAGAGGUGAUUUCGGAAGGCAUGUGGUUAAACGCACUGGUGAGAAAGCCUACAUGUGUGGGGAGUGUGGGUACAGGACAGGUAACAAGUCUCAUCUAGCCGAACAUUUGAGAAUUCAUACAGGAGAGAAACCCUACAAGUGUGGGGAGUGUGAGUACAGAACAACAGCAAAGUCUAGCUUAUCUAAACAUAUGAGAACUCAUACAGGAGAGAAACCAUACAAGUGUGACCAGUGUGACUAUUCGGCUGCAGUGAAAUCUCAUUUGAAUCAACACCAAGUAACACACACUGGUCAACAACCCUACAUGUGCGAGAAGUGUGGUUACAGGGUGGCUCAAAAGUGUGACUUAUCCAGACAUAUGAGAACCCACACAGGAGAGAAACCUUACAAGUGUGACCAGUGUGACUAUGCUGCUGCAAACAAAUUCGAUUUGGACAAGCACGUAAGAAAACACACCGGUGAGAAACCCUACAUGUGUGGGGAGUGUGGUUACAGGGCGGCUCAAAGGUCUUCCUUAUCCCGCCACAUGAGAACCCAUACAGGGCAAAAACCCUACAAGUGUGACCAGUGUGACUAUGGCUUUGCAAACAAAUUCGAUUUGGACAAGCACGUAAGAAAACACACCGGUGAGAAACCCUACAUGUGUGGGGAGUGUGGCUACAGGGCAGCCCAAAGAUCUACCUUAUCCCGACACAUGAAAACACAUACAGGAGAAAACCCCUACAGGUGACUAUAUUCUGUUGUAAGAAAGCACACCAGUAAAAUGACCCAAACGUGCAAAGUGUGCUGGAACAGGACAACUCAAAUGUCUAAAAGGCCAAGUAUAUAAGAACCCACAGAGGAGAGAAACCAUAUAGGUGUUAUCAGUGUAACUACUUUACAGCAAGGAAAUCUCACCGUUAUCUACUUUUCAUGUAUACGGAAGACAUACGGAACAAACAAUCUACAAGUGUGACGAAUGUACAGUAAACAGAUGUACCCACUUACAUAGUCCCUUGACAUCUAGGUCAUGGGGCAAGGUAGCCAGCCUGAUCCAUACUCAUACAGGCGACAGAUAUAGAGGUUCACUUUGAACUGCAGCUAGGUGUCGCUGCUAACAAUGCAGUCCCAAACGUAAAGUACUGCCACAUACAUAGAUAUAGUUACACCUAAAACUCUAUAGAUGUAGGUACAACAGAUAUAGUUACACCUAAAACUCUAUAGAUGUAGGUUUUGUACAUAAGAUAGUAGCCAUGAUAACUGUGCUCCUUUCUUUUGUGUUGACCGCUUAUUUGUUAGUAACAUUUAUGUAAGAAAGCCUUUUUUAAAUCGGACUGUAAAGAUGAUAUAGACUUGAAGUAGUUUCGGUAUGAUAUUUGUUUGUUUUUUUCAUUCAAUGUACACAUGUCGGUAUCGAUUUGAAUACUGGAAUAUUUUUGUAUGUUCGCAUGCUUUAGUCUACUUUAUUUGAUAGAAGGAUGUAACAUUCCCAAUUAUAUACUUAAUAUGCACCUAUGUGUACAGUUUGCUAUACAUGUUUUGUAUUCGUAGC